UAGAGUACUUGCAGCUGAAGCCUUUCCUCCUUUAGUUUCUGGCGCGUAUAUACUCAUACGAAUCUCUGACGAGUCGAUCGCUCGUGUUUUGGCGCAUCAGCCGGUUCUAUUAGUCCCCUUGAUUGAUCGAUUCCCUUGUUGCGGGGAAGAGCGUCGUCGGAGUUUGGGGGAUUCCUUCGCGGUCGUGGGAACUUAAAGGAAGGAUGAUCGAGGUGGUGCUGAACGAUCGGCUGGGGAAGAAGGUGAGGGUGAAGUGCAACGAGGAUGACACCAUCGGCGACCUGAAGAAGCUGGUGGCUGCUCAGACCGGGACCAGAGCUGAGAAGAUUAGGAUCCAGAAGUGGUACACCAUCUACAAGGACCACAUCACCCUCAAGGACUACGAGAUCCACGACGGCAUGGGCCUCGAGCUCUACUACAAUUAAUCGACUUCCCUUGCUGCUCUACUACUACGCCUUCCGUUUAUCUCCAGCAUUCAAAAGAGCAUCCAUCAAAAUCUUGUCUCCCUGAAGCAAUCCUUCUGAAUGCUAGUUAGAAGUUGGAUGCUGUUUCAAUCUAGAGGAACUUGACUCACCAGCUUCCAGAUUGAAACAAAUGGUUGUGAAGGUAGAAAAUCGGGAAAUCAAUCAUUAUGGUGAAGUCCUUUAAACAAUGGUUUGUAUGAUUAUCCUCUUGAAGUCUCUGCAUCAUUUAUAUGUAACAAUUUAUAACUUUGUUGCUCAAUGGUUCGACGACGUUGUGACUUCCAACCAUGAAUUCUGGGUCUUCAAUACUUCCUCAAAUAAUUUUAUCAUGAUUCCGUACUUAUGCUCCAUAAGUUAGUGUCUCAGAGCCCAUAUCUGGGUCUCCUUCCCUGUAAGUGAUUGGGAUAGAAUUCCAACUUCGAACCAUGGCAGUGCACCAGUUGGAUAAUCUUUUUGCUGUAUUAAUGGUCAUUAUCAUGGUUAAGUACUCUUGUUGUACUUUAACCUCUGAGAUUGCUUAAAAGCUCGGAUACUGUUUUAUGUGUAAGCUAACAAGAUAUGAUGUCACUGACCUCAUAUAGAAGAUGCAUGAUGGAUGCUCUGUACUGUAGUAAAAGAUCGAUGUCUGAUGUGGUAUUAGGGAGUCAUGCAUAUUUUAGAGCCUUAUUGUUGUAUGUUGCAAUGUGCUUGGCAGAGGUGAAACCUCACACUUGCUGCUUGAAGAGAUGUGUUUAAGCUUCAUUCAUGUUGAAGAGUAAUGAGGAGAUUGUGGAUUAUGUUAGGACAUAAUAAAGUGAUGUUCUGUUAUGAUCUUAUGUUCUGCAUAAUCU